AUGACAGUAGUGGUCCACUGUUUGCAGGUGUGGAGGCACUACUUACUUGGCCAACACUUCACCAUCUACACCGACAAUGUGGUAACAAGUUAUUUCAACUCCUAG